AUGACAAUUGUUCGUUUACUUGCCAAACAAUUCAAUUUAGCUGGUAAAGACAAUUUGGAACAAGCCAAAGUGGAUAGUGUUGCUGAUACAAUUGGUGAUUUAAGUGAAAUGUAUUCAAAACUGAUACAUCGCGGAAAAGGUCAAAGUAAAAAAGAAGAAGGUUUAAAAAUGUUUUUCAAAGAGGACGCACCAAAGCUUUGGCGAAUUUAG